GCAUCGGACUCCAGACGAGUCGAACCCAACUUUCCUUCUUUUCAAUGGCCAUGCAGUUAAGAGCUAUCGGUCCUCCGCCACCACUGCCUCCUCCACCCAUUGCCGGAGACAGCAAUCCCGCUGCUGUUAGUUUAUCCUUUCAAGAAACGGGCCGACGCCCAUCAUUUGCUUCUCUGACUCUUUCAGCCAAUUAUCAAACCCAUAAUCUAAAUUCAUCCACUUAUGCAUCUAUCCUUGAUCCCUGUGAAGAUGCCAGCUUCGGCAGACAAGUACACGCCCAUGCGAUUAAAAUGGGUUUUCUUGGGGAUCAGGAGUUUGUGGAAACCAAAUUGCUUCAGAUGUAUGAGAGGUGUGGAUGUUUUCAGGAUGCACUCCUUCUGUUUGAUAAAAUGCCUACCAGAAAUUUAUAUUCCUGGACAGCCAUUCUAAAUGCUUAUGUAGCUUAUGGGUUUUACCAAGAAGCUUUCUAUUUAUACCAGGACCUCAUGUUUGAAGUAGAAGUUCUCGAUUUCUUCGUUUUCCCAGUUGUCUUGAAAAUGUGUGGCGGCAUUGGGAAUGUCCAAAUCGGAAUGCAGGUUCAUGGAUUGGUCAUAAAACAUGGCUUUAUUUCCAACACUUACGUCAGCAAUGCCAUGAUAGAUGCUUAUGGAAAAUGCGGGAGACCGGAUUUUGCUAAAAGAGUUUUCAGCAGCAUGAAGAAGAGAGAUCGUGUGACCUGGAAUUCGAUUAUAACCUCCACCGCUUCUAAUGGGAUGGUUUUCGAGGCGUUGGAGUUUAUUGAGAAAAUGUCUUUAGAUGGAAAAUUAGAGCCGAAUCUUGUUACUUGGAGUGCAUUGAUCAGUGGAUUCUCUAGGAAUGGAUACGACAGAGAAGCAAUUGAGAUGCUGUCGAGAGGGUUUGAGCCGAAUGCUCAAACAUUAGCUAGUGUUCUUCCUGCUUGUGCUAGACUCGGGGAUCUUAAGCUUGGGAAAGAGAUUCAUGGUUAUGUAAGUAGGCAUGGAUUCAUGUCCAACUCGAUUAUCGUAAAUGGUUUACUCGACGUUUACAGGAGAUGUGGCGAUAUGGACAGCGCUAUGAAGAUAUUUCGCAAGUACUCGUUGAUGAAAAACACGGUCUCGUUCAAUACAAUGCUUGUUGGAUACUUUGAGAAUGGAGCCAUUUCAGAGGCAGAGAAGUUAUUUGAUGAAUUGAAGCGUGGAGGAGGAGGAGGAGAUGAUAUAAUAAGCUCAUGGAACACGAUGAUUUCAGGAUAUGUGGAUAACUCGAUGUUUGAUGCUGCCAUAGAUAUGUUUAUAGAAGUAUUGAUGAAAGAUCGAGUUUGGGCAGAUACUUUUACCUUCGGAAGUGUUCUCACAGCAUGUGCCGAAUCCUGUUCUUUAAGAUUAGGUAUGCAAGUUCAUGCCAUGGCUAUUGUUAGAGGUCUGCAUGUAAAUAUCUUUGUCGGGGAAGCAUUGAUUGACAUGUACUGCAAAUGUCGAGAUAUAGAAGCUGCUCGAAAUGCUUUCGAAGGUGUUCUCGAAAGAGAUUUAACAACUUGGAAUAUCUUAAUUUCAGGAUUUGCCUAUUGUAAUCUGAUUCAUGAUAUUGACAAUGCUCUUCUAAGGAUGAAAGAGGAAGGAUUGAAUCCGAACAUCUACACAAUGAACGGAAUUAUGGCUGGACUAGUUGAAAACGGAAAUUUUCAUUCCGCCAUGGAAUUGUUUUCAGGAAUGCAAGGUUUUGAAUUAAAGCCCGACGUUUACUCGGUUGGAAUAAUGUUACCAGCAUGCUCGAAAUUGGCAUCGGUAGAGAGAGGGAAACAAAUUCAUGCGUAUUCAAUUAGAUUUGGACUUGAAUCAGAUGUUCAUAUUGGAUCAGCAAUUGUUGACAUGUAUGCAAAAUGCGGAAAACUAGAUCAUGCAUUGGCUUCCUAUAAUAGAAUAUCAAAUCCUAACCUAGUGGCUCAAAACACAAUGCUUUCAGCAUACGCAAUUUACGGUUACUGGAACGAAGGAAUCAAUUUCUUCAAUAAAAUGCUAGAGAAUCAUGUGAUACCUGACAGCGUGACGUUUGUUUCAGUUCUAUCUCUGUGCAUAAACGCAGGGGAGGUUGAGACCGGUAAAGAGCUGUACGAUUUGAUGAGAAGUUACAAUGUUGAACCAACACUGAAACACUUGACAUGUAUGGUGGAUCUUCUGAGUCGAGUAGGUAGGGUGAAGGAAGCUUACAGGCUUGUGAAGGAGAUGAGUAUGGAGCCUGAUGCAGUGACUUGGGGCGCACUGCUUGGAGGAUGCGUCCUGUUUGGCGAAGUGGAGAUUGGAGAAGUUGCAGCGGAGAAGUUGAUCAGUUUGGAGCCGGAUAAUAGUGGAAAUUACGUAAUGUUGGCGAAUUUGUACGUUGCAGCUGAAAGAUGGGAUGAUGUAGCAAAGACGAGACAGUUGAUAAAGGAAAAAGAGAUGCAGAAGAAUAGAUCUGGAUGUAGUUGGAUCGAAGAUAGAAACGAGAUUAAUGUAUUUAUUGCAUGCGAUACCUCACAUAAGAGAACUCAGGAGAUGUAUUCCAUACUCGAUACUUUAACCAUACAUAUGCGCCACGCCUUCUCACCGUAACUUUGCACUUGCAGGUUCAAACAA